UGCGGCUAGCUGGGGGCGGAGAAGCGGGGGGUCCGGGUCCCUCCCCCUGGCGCGGGCUCAGGAAUCCACCGAAGGGCGGGCAUAGGCGCCGGGGUGGGCCGCGCCGCGGCAAGCGGGCGGGCGGGGGGCGCUUCCUGGGGCUGCGAGUCCAGGGAGCUGUGCCGUCCGCCCGUCCGUCAGCCCACAGGCACUGCCCGAGCCAGCUGAGCCGCCGCAGCCGCGGGCCUCAGGGCCGUCGCGGGCCCAACCCCAGGAUGCUCCCCUUCGCCUCCUGCCUCUCCGGGUCCCUACUGCUCUGGGCGCUGCUGCUGUUGCUCCUAGGGACAGCGUCUCCCCAGGAUUCUGAGGAACCAGACAGCUACACGGAAUGCACAGAUGGCUAUGAGUGGGACUCAGACAGCCAGCACUGCCGGGAUGUCAACGAGUGCCUGACCAUCCCUGAAGCCUGCAAGGGGGAAAUGAAAUGCAUCAAUCACUACGGGGGCUACUUGUGCCUACCCCGCUCAGCUGCCGUCAUCAAUGACCUACAUGGCGAGGGACCCCCACCACCAGUGCCUCCCACUCAACAUCCCAACCCCUGCCCACCAGGCUAUGAGCCCGACCAUCAGGAGAGCUGUGUGGAUGUGGAUGAGUGUGCCCAGGAGCUGCAUGACUGUCGCCCCAGCCAGGAUUGCCAUAACUUGCCUGGCUCCUACCAGUGCACCUGCCCCGAUGGCUACCGCAAGAUUGGGCCCGAAUGUGUGGACAUAGAUGAAUGCCGCUACCGCUACUGCCAACACCGCUGCGUGAACCUGCCUGGCUCUUUCCGCUGCCAGUGCGAGCCAGGCUUCCAGCUGGGGCCCAACAACCGCUCCUGUGUGGAUGUGAAUGAGUGUGACAUGGGGGCCCCAUGUGAGCAGCGCUGCUUCAACUCCUAUGGGACCUUCCUGUGUCGCUGCCACCAGGGCUACGAGCUGCACCGGGAUGGCUUCUCCUGCAGUGAUAUUGAUGAGUGCAGCUAUUCCAGUUAUCUCUGCCAGUACCGCUGUGUCAAUGAGCCAGGCCGCUUUUCCUGCCAGUGCCCACAGGGCUACCAACUGCUGGCAACACGUCUCUGCCAAGACAUUGAUGAGUGUGAGUCAGGUGCACACCAGUGCUCUGAGGCCCAAACCUGUGUCAACUUUCAUGGGGGCUACCGCUGCGUGGACACCAACCGCUGUGUCGAGCCCUAUGUCCAGGUGUCUGACAACCGCUGCCUCUGUCCAGCCUCCAACCCCCUGUGUCGAGAGCAGCCCUCAUCCAUCGUGCACCGCUACAUGACCAUCACCUCAGAGCGCAGUGUGCCUGCCGACGUGUUCCAGAUCCAGGCAACCUCUGUCUACCCUGGUGCCUACAAUGCCUUUCAGAUCCGUGCAGGAAACUCACAGGGGGACUUCUACAUUAGGCAAAUCAACAACGUCAGCGCCAUGCUGGUCCUCGCCCGGCCGGUGACAGGCCCCCGGGAGUAUGUGCUAGACCUGGAGAUGGUCACCAUGAACUCCCUCAUGAGCUACCGAGCCAGCUCUGUACUGAGACUCACCAUCUUCGUGGGGGCCUACACCUUCUGAGGAAGGGGAGGGUAUCACCCUCCUCACAGCCUCCUGUAGCCAAGAAGCCUGUGGCUCAGGGAUGACUGUGUUCCGUCAAAAAGGGAAGCCAUUAUUGUGAAGAGCAGAGAGAAAGGCAAUAAAGGGAGAAAGAAGGAG